AUGGAUUUGGUCGAAGGCGUCGGAGAGAGCUCCUCGCCGCCACGCGCCUUCAGUGGUUACGGCAACUACGACAUCCGCAACGACGUCUACAACCGCCUCCUCGCAACCGGUCACGACCAAGCCGUUUCCAAUCCCGACUUCCGCGAACAGUUGGAAGCUCACUUCAAUCGUUUGCCUCCGAGAGCUGAAGAUGUUUUGUUACAUCAAACGCUUCUUGCUCUGGCAAGGGACCCUGACAAGCGCCCUGUUUACCAUAUACGCUUCCUCGAGAAUAUUUCAACCAGAACAGAUAGUGAAGAUCAACAAAUUUUAAGUACUCAUUAUAGCGCAGGAUCAUCUCAUGCAACAAAUGGGGUAGCUGUACCAUCUGGGAAAAGUAAGAUGAGGGAUAUUGCAAAUGAGUUUGAGCCUUGCUCAAAGCUUGAGGACCUAAAUUUGGACGUUAGAAAGAACUCCAAGGAGACAGAGGAAAUAUUUCUCACCGACAACUUUUUUCAGAGGCAUUCAAGUAUCCCAGUUCAUGAGAUAAUAUUUUCUGCUGUUGACAAGCCAAAGCUGUUAAGCCAGUUGUCUGCUUUGCUGUCUGAUAUUGGACUUAACAUCCGUGAAGCACAUGUUUUCUCCACAACUGAUGGCUAUUCCCUUGACGUGUUUGUGGUUGAUGGAUGGCCAGUAGAGGAAACUGAUGAAUUGUAUGAUGCUAUGGAAAAGGCUGUAGCAAGAAGUGAGGGGUCAUGGUCUCGUUCUUCAAAUUCUCAUUCAGCUGUGGAGAAAACCUUAGCAACAGGGGGAAAAUCAGGAGAUUGGGAAAUAGACAGGAGAUUGCUAAAGUUAGGCGAAAAAAUAGCGUCUGGAUCCUCUGGAGAUUUGUAUCGCGGAGUUUAUCUCGGGGAGGAUGUUGCUGUUAAGGUUCUAAAAUCUGAGCAAUUGAAUGAUACCUUGGAGGAUGAGUUUGCUCAAGAAGUGGCAAUUCUGAGUCCCAUGCUGUAUAUGCCCGGGGGAAGUCUGUAUGAUUACGUGCACAAAAAUCAUAAUGUCUUGGAGCUAUCUCAAUUACUAAAGUUUGCAAUUGAUGUCUGCAAGGGUAUGGAGUAUUUGCACGCAAACAACAUAAUUCACAGAGAUCUGAAGACGGCUAAUUUGCUGAUGGAUACACACAAUGUUGUUAAAGUAGCAGAUUUUGGAGUUGCUCGGUUCCUAAAUCAGGGGGGAGUGAUGACAGCAGAAACUGGAACAUAUAGAUGGAUGGCACCAGAGGUUAUAAACCAUCAGCCCUAUGAUCAGAAAGCAGAUGUAUUCAGUUUUUCCAUUGUACUAUGGGAAUUAGUGACCGCAAAGGUACCAUAUGACACCAUGACUCCACUACAAGCGGCUUUGGGUGUGAGACAGGGUCUGCGGCCAGAACUUCCGAAACAUGGGCACCCUAGAAUAUUAGAAUUGAUGCAAAGAUGUUGGGAAGCAAUUCCAAUCGACCGUCCAUCCUUUAAUGAGAUAACGGUUGAACUGGAAAAUCUUGUGCAAGAAAUGGAGAAAGAUUCAGAAGUGAAUGGUGCUUGA